GAAGAAGGGGAAGGCAUCUGAACACAAAGACCAGCUCUCCAGGCUGAAGGAGAAGGACCCAGAGUUCUACAAGUUCCUGGAGGAGAACGAUCGCACGCUGCUGAACUUCGAUGCCUCCGACAGCUCUGAUGAGGAGGGGGCCUUGCACAUCCCCCCAGAUACACUGGAGGAAGCAAGUGAUGAAGAUGAUGAUGAUGAUGAAGAAGAACAUGAAAAAGUCAAACGGAAGAGAGUUUCUCUCAUCCCUGUGAGCUUGAAAAUGGUUGAAGAAUGGAAAAAAGCUGCAGAGAGAAGGCCAACUCCAAAACUUUUCCAUGAAAUCACUCAAGCCUUUAAAGCAGCUGUAGCAACCACUAAAGGAGAUACUGGUGGGGCUGAUCCCAGCAAGUUUCAAGUCACUGAUGCUGCAGUGUUCAAUGCCUUGGUGUCCUUCUGUGUCCGGGACCUCUUCCGCUGCCUGCAGAAGCUGCUUCUUCUGAAACCUCCAAAAAACAAACUCAAAAUGGUUCUCCCUUCCACCAGCCCACUUUGGAGCAAGCUGAGACUGGACAUAAAGGUGUACCUCAGCUGUACCAUACAGCUCCUGUCUUGUUUAACAGAAGCCUCAGUCGGUGCAGCAGUCCUCCAGCACGUCAGUUCCAUAGUGCCUUAUUAUUUGUCCUUCCCAAAGCAGUGCCGUGCACUUCUCAAGCAAGCAAUUACUUUGUGGAGCACGGGUGAGGAAACAGUGAGAGUGUUGGCCUUCCUUGUGCUGAACAAGAUCUGCCGCUACAAGAAGGAGAUGUACUUAAGUCCCUUGCUCAAGCAAAUGUACAUUGCCUUCGUGAAGAACUCCAGGUUCACCUCUCCCAACGUCCUGCCCCUGAUCAGCUUCAUGCAGCGCACGCUGACGGAGAUGUACGCCCUGGACCCCCCCACCUCCUACCAGCACUCCUUCCUCUACAUCCGCCAGCUGGCCAUCCACCUCCGCAGCGCCAUGACCCUGCGCAAGAAGGAGAACUUCCAGUCUGUGUACAACUGGCAGUACAUCCACUGCCUGUAUUUCUGGUGUCGGGUUCUCAGCACAAUCUACCCCAGUGAGGUCAUGGAGCCAUUGAUCUACCCUUUGACACAGGUCAUCAUUGGCUGUAUAAAGCUGGUACCAACAGCUCGUUUCUACCCCCUGCGCAUGCACUGCAUCCGUGCCCUGACACUGCUGGCUGAGAGCACCAGGACCUUCAUCCCAGUGCUGCCAUUUCAGUUGGAAAUUUUCCAACAAGUGGAUUUCAACAAGAGGCCAGGACGUAUAAGUGCUAAGCCUAUCAACUUUGCAGUGAUCUUGAAGCUCUCCAAUGCCAACCUGCAGGAGAAAGCCUUCAGAGAUGGACUCAUUGAACAGCUCUAUGACCUGAUGCUUGAGUAUCUCCAUUGCCAAGCCUACAGCAUUGGAUUCCCAGAGCUGGUUCUCCCCACGAUCAUUCAGCUAAAAUCUUUCCUGAAGGAAUGCAAGAUUGCCAACUACUGCAAGCCUAUCAGGCAGCUCCUGGAGAAGCUGCAGGAAAACUCUGCUUACAUCUCCAGCAGGCGUCAGAGAGCUGCCUUCGGCGUGGCCAGCAGGGAGUCUGUGGAACAGUGGGAGAAGCAGGUCAAAGAGGAGGGGACACCUCUCACCAAGUACUACGCCCAGUGGAAGAAGCUCAGAGAGAAGGAGAUACAACUGGAAAUCAGUGGCAAGGAAAGGCUUGAAGACUUGAACUUCCCAGAAAUUAAACGUAAGAAGCAAGAUGAGAGAAAGGAGGAAGAUAAGAAGGAAUUCAAGGACCUCUUUGAUCUGGACAGUGACUCUGAUGAGGAGAAUGCUGGAUUCUCUGUAAAAGGUAAAAGCAAAGCCAAGCAGGCAUCAGAUGACAGUUCAGAAGAGAGCAGCAAGGACUAUGGUGAGGAUGAUGAUGAUGAAGAAGGAGAGUAUGAAGUCGAGGAGGAUGAGGAAGAACUGGAAGACGACGACUCCGAUG